AUGGGUCGGAAACGGCCAUCGAAGUCCGGAUCUGGCUCGUCUCAAGGAUCCGACUCCACAUCCGGCGAUGCUGCUGCAUCAGGCGGAGGUUCGCGUGGUGCCAUGGUGGUCUCUGGUAGCUCUAGCAGCAGGCGAGGCGCAGGCGACAGAGGGGUUUCAUCGCAACAGGAAGAAGGAUCCAAGGGAACGGGUCCUGGUUACCUUGAACCCUCAGAUCCGCGAUUCGCGGAAGUGAAAUCGGAAUGCGAAAAGGCAGUGAAGGCGCUUCGCCGUGGCAACGCUCCGAAAGCGGUGAAGCUUAUAAAGGAAGUCACCGGUAAAUUCUCGUCCGUUCCGCUGUGCCACCGCGUGAACGGACACAUCCACCUGAAACUCGCGAACAUGAUCGAGGAUGCUUCCACGAAGCAGCGCCAUCUACGCACCGCGUUAGAAUCCGCGCUUAAAGCCACGGAACUCUCCCCGAACUCCGUCGAAUACUCCCACUUCUACGCGCAGCUUCUCUUCGAAGCGGCCGACGGGCGUGACUAUAGCGAGGUGCUGCGCGAGUGCGAGCGCGGCCUGGGGAUCGAAUCGCCGGUAGAUCCGGCGAAGGAGAGCCUGCAGGAGGAGAGUCAGCAGGAGCUGGCGACGCCGGCGGAGCGCGUGACGCACGUGCAGAACGAGCUGCGCGGGUUGCAGCAGAAGGCCAACAUCGCGUCGUUCUCGACCAUCUGGCGCAGCUUCGGCAACGGCGCGGACGAGCGGUUCAAAUUUUUGCAGGUGAAGAUCUCAGACGACCCCAUCGAGCUGCGCAAGUCUUUCCCCCUCCCUCCUUCCGUCUUCCUCAGACGUUCCUCUUCCCGCCUCCCCCACCCCCCCUGCCCCUCUUCCCCGGCCCUCGCUCAAAAGCAGGUGAAGAAGAUCUCAGACGAUCCCAUUGAGCCGCGCUCUUCGCUGCCGCCGCGGCGCAUCCACGAGGUGAAGCGCGUGGUGCGCACGCUGGAGGAGCGCCGCCAGGAGAUCAAGGUGCGCACGCUGGAGGAGCGCCUCCCUUUCAAGCUCCCCGAGGAGCCGUGCCAGGAGCAGUUCGGCCGUACAGCAGCAGCACUUCUGAGACGUCUGAAAACGCUUCCCUCCUGCCCUCCCUCUUCCCCACACCCCGCCCUCUUCCCCACCCGCCUCCCUCUGUUCCCCUCCCCCUCCAAAAGCAGGGCGCAAUCAGCUAUAGAGGAGAAGGUGGAGAAGGUGCGGCCGUUUUGGAAGGCGCUGGGGCAGGAGGAGAAGGAUAAGAUUCUGGAUAUUCCCAUUGCUGACGUGUGCGAGGGCCUUGCCAAGUCAGCACGCGGCGGGAAGGGGGCGGGGGUGGGGAGCGCGGGCGGAGGGGGAGGCACAGGAGGCGGAGGCGGAGGCGGAGGGGGAGGGGGAGGGGAAGGUGGAGGCGGAGGCGGAGGCGGAGGCGGAGGAGGAGGAGGAAGAGGGGGAGGGCAUGUAUCUGCGAUCAGCUGCGGUGGUGGUACCGUCGGCUUGGGUGGGGAAUCUGCGGCGUCAGCUGCGGCAGCAGCAGCUGCAGCCGAGGAGCUUAUGUCAGAAGCGCUGAGUUUCGCCAAGGAGAGAAAACACUGGCAGUUCUGGGCGUGCUGUCUGUGCGACGAGAGGUUUAUAGACGCGGAGUCGUUUCAGGCGCACAUGCAGGAGGAGCAUAUAGGGAAGCUGAGCGCGGAGCAGGAGAGAAUGAUUCCCGAGGAGGAGACGCUUUCUUGGGAGGAGAUUUUUACGAGGUUGGAUGUUACGCCUGUGGAUGGGAUUGAGGCGGUGAGGAGGCUUGUAGAGGGGAUGAGUGGGGCGGGUGGUGGGGUGGGUGGGGAGGGGGGUGGGAAGGGUGUGGAGGAGAGAGAGGGGAAGAGGAAGGGGAAUGAGGAGGGUGGUGAAGGCGAGGAGGAAGAGGAGAAGGAGGGGAAGGAGGAGAAAGAGGAAGAGAAGGAUGAAGCGUGUGCGAUGGAGCUGGAUGGGGAGGGAACAGAGGAGGGAGAAGCGGAGGGAGCAAAGGAAGGAGCAGAGAAGGGAGCGGAGGAGGGAGCAGAGAAGGGAGCGGAGGAGGGAGCCAAGAAUGGAACGGAGGAGGGAGGUGAGAAGGGAGAAGGGGAGGGAGCAGAGGAGGGAGAUGUGGAUAUCGAGAAGGGAGUGGCCGCUGCUCUAGGCGAGACCAAAGGCGGGAGUGAGAAGGGGAAGAAGGGGGGCAGUUUGGGGGAUUCGGGAUCCGGAAAGGAUUCAGGCGAGGAGGAGAGAGAGAUGGAGGGUGAGGAGGAAAGUAAGGAGGUGAAAGUGGGUAGUGGCAGGGAUGGGAAAGAGGGGGGUGCGGGAGAGGAUGAGGAAGACGAAGAAGAAGAUGAGGAGGAGGAGGACGAGGAGGAGGAGGAGGAAGAAGAGGUGCAAGCCAUGGCGGAGAGAGCUUUAGAGGCGCCUGCCGUGCCUCAGAAGUCGUUGCAGGUGCAAGGCAUGGCAGAGAGAGUGCAGAAGGGUUUGGCGGAGAGCGGGGGGAGUAGUGCAGGUAAAAUGGAAGAGAAGAGUGGGGAGGAGAAGGGUGGGGAGGAGAAGGGAGAGAAGGGUGGAGAGGAGAAGGGAGGGAAGGGUGGAGAGGAGAAAGGAGAGAAGGGUGGAGAGGAGGCGGGUGCAGCUGUUGCGGCUGUUUGGGAUGAUGAAGAUUCACUUAAGUGGCCGGAUAAGGGCGGGCUCGCUAAGGAGCAAAUGGAGGAGGGAGCAUGUAAGGAACGUUCCUUAGGCACGACUUUUGAGGAAGAGGGGACUUAUAAGGCGUCUCCUAAGGGGUCUCUUGCACGCCCUCCAGUCACCUUCACCCCGUCGCCAGUCUUCGUGCGUUUCCUGCCGGCGCGCGAUAUACAGGAGCUGCAGGCGUACCUGCUAGAAGCGGAACAGGGGGCGUACUAUAACGAGAACAAGGAGGCUGUGCUGCCGGACAGGCUCCUGCUAGAUGAGGAGUUCACGAGAAUCAUUCUAGAUGAGCGUGUGUUGAAGGACGUUGCGGAAGAGCCGAAGCUGCCGUUUAGGGAUGCUGUAGGGGGGAGGGUGGAGGCAGGAAGGGGGGAUGGAGGGAAGGAGGAGGCGGGAGAGGGAGGAGGGAAGGGGGGUGCUGCUGACGGUGGUGAUGCUGGGGAUGCUGAUGGUGGUGGUAGGGCUAAACAGGGGGGAGAGCAGGAGGGAAAGGAAGCUGGGAAGGAGGUGAAGGGAGAGGGGCAGAAGGAGGCGAAGGGAGAGGGGCAGAAGGAGGCAAAGGGAGAGGGGCAGGAGGAAGAGGGUCAGAAGGAGGGGAAGCGGAAAGACGGGAGGAAGGAGGGGAAGCAGAGGGACGGGAAGGGUGAGGAGGCGAAAGCAGCAUCAAAAGGCGAGGGGGAGGGGGAGAAGGAGGAGAAGGGGGAGAAGGGGGAGAGGGAGAAGGAGGAGAAGGGGGAGAAGGAGGAGAAGGGGGAGAAGGAGGAGAAGGAGGAGAAGGGGGAGAAGGGGGAGAAGGGGGAGAGGGAGAAGGAGGAGAAGGGGGAGAAGGAGGAGAAGGGGGAGAAGGAGGAGAAGGAGGAGAAGGGGGAGAAGGAGGAGAAGGAGGAGAAGGGGGAGAAGGAGGAGAAGGGGGAGAAGGAGGAGAAGGAGAAGGGGGAGAAGGAGAAGAAGGAAGAGAAGGAGGAAGGGGGGGAGGAGGAGGAGGAGUUGACAGUAGCUGUGCCCGAGGACCCGAGUAUGAAGUGGCCUCUGCCGCUGAUGCGCGUGCGGAGAGGCGAAGGAGCAGCGGGAGGAGCAGGGGGGCCGGUGAGUGGGGGAUCACAAACAGCAGCGGGAGGGGGCGGAGGGGCGGGACCCAGUGCUGGUACCCCUGCUUCUGGUGCCGGUGCUGGCGCUGGGGGUGGAGGUGGUGGUACUUCUACUUCUGCUGCUGCUGCUGCUGCUGCUGGUGCUGGUGGUGCGACUGGUGGUGCUGCUGACGUGCCCAAGCAUGACGAUCUGCAGCUCGCUUGGAUCUUCGGGCGAAUGGAUUAUGAGAUGGCAGCGCCAGCGUGGCGGUGUGCUUAUAAAGAGGGCCUGGAGAAGGCGAGGGAGGUGAUGGAGGGGCUAGACACGGAGUACAACUCGUUAAAGUCACAAUGCGAUAGAAGGAUAGAGCUGGGGAUUGCGGAGCGGAAGCUGAGGAGGAUAGAGAGGCUGUUUGAGAAGGAGAGGAGGCGGAGGGAGAGGGACCCGGGGUAUCCGCGCGUGCUGUGUGGCGAUCUGCUCUCCCUCGGGCCCUCCCAUCGGUGCUGCACAUUCUCUCUUCCCCCCAACCUGCAAUCACUCUUUCCCUCCCCUUCCAACACCACCCGCCCCCUUCCUCCCCCACCUCCCUUCAGCCUCGCAUGCCGUGUGGCCAUCUGCUCUCCCUGGCGCCCUCGCAUCCGAACGGCACAUUCUCUCUUCCUCCCCCGCACCAACCAACCCCCCCCAAUCAUUCUCCCCCUCCCCCGCCCCCUCCCUCUUCCGCUCCCCCUUCCCUCCCCCUACCCCCUCAGCCUCGCAUGCCGUGUGGCGAUCUGCUCUCCCUCACGCCCUCCCAUCUGGCCGGCACAUUCUCUUCCCCACCCGGCACCAAACAACCCCCCCAAUCAUUCUUCCCCUCCCCCGCCCCCUCCCUCUUUCGCUCCCCCUUCUCUCCCCAUUCCCCCUCAGCCUCGCAUGCCGUGUGGCGAUCUGCUCUCCCUCACGCCCUCCCACCUGGGCGGCACUGACUCGGAUGAGGACGAGCACGACAGCUGGCGCGGGCCGGAGUUUGCCGCCCAGCUGGACCUGCGCAUGGAGGGCGCGAUUCGGAGCCACAGGAGCAGCAUUCUGGCGGAGGUAGGGUUUAAGGGAAGAGGGAAAGGCAGCAGGUUGGGUUUGUCUGUGGACUUUAGAAUGGGGGGUAGGGGAGGUGGGGAAUGGACUGAUGGAGAGAAGGAGCAAGCAGAGGAGAGGAUUCUGUGCCAUCUGGAGGCGGUGCAGAAGGCCAACGCGAAGCUCCACCAGGCGUCAGUUUUCGACUACCGUGCUGCCAUGCUGCCCAUCGUCAAGACCUUCCUGCAGGUGGGGAUGGUGCUACCAGGUGGGGAUGGUGCUACCAGGUGUGGUGAGUGCUGCUGCCUGGCAUCUGUCUUUGACUGCCGUGCUGCCAUGCUGCCCAUCGUCAAGACCUUCCUGCAGGUGGGGAACUGUUUUGAGGUAUGUGUGCAUGUUGCUCCCACCCUGGCGUCGGUCUUUGACUGCCGUGCUGCCAUGCUGCCCAUCGUCAAGACCUUCCUGCAGGUGGGGAUGGUGCUACCAGGUGGGGAUGGUGCUACCAGGUGUGGUGAGUGCUGCUGCCUGGCAUCUGUCUUUGACUGCCGUGCUGCCAUGCUGCCCAUCGUCAAGACCUUCCUGCAGGUGGGGAACCGUUUUGAGGUAUGUGUGCAUGUUGCUCCCACCCUGGCGUCGGUCUUUGACUGCCGUGCUGCCAUGCUGCCCAUCGUCAAGACCUUCCUGCAGGUGGGGAUGGUGCUACCAGGUGUGGUGGGGAACUGUUUUGAGGUAUGUGUGCAUGUUGCUCCCACCCUGGCGUCGGUCUUUGACUGCCGUGCUGCCAUGCUGCCCAUCGUCAAGACCUUCCUGCAGGUGGGGAACUGUUUUGAGGUAUGUGUGCAUGUUGCUCCCACCCUGGCGUCGGUCUUUGACUGCCGUGCUGCCAUGCUGCCCAUCGUCAAGACCUUCCUGCAGGUGGGGAACUGUUUUGAGGUAUGUGUGCAUGUUGCUCCCACCCUGGCGUCGGUCUUUGACUGCCGUGCUGCCAUGCUGCCCAUCGUCAAGACCUUCCUGCAGGUGGGGAUGGUGCUACCAGGUGUGGUGAGUGCUGCUGCCUGGCAUCUGUCUUUGACUGCCGCGCUGCCAUGCUGCCCAUCGUCAAGACCUUCCUGCAGGUGUGGUGAGUGCUGCUGCCUGGCAUCUGUCUUUGACUGCCGUGCUGCCAUGCUGCCCAUCGUCAAGACGUUCCUGCAGGUGGGGAACUGUUUUGAGGCAUGUGUACAUGUUGCUCCCACCCUGACGUCGGUCUUUGACUACCGCGCUGCCAUGCUGCCCAUCGUCAAGACCUUCCUGCAGAACCGCCUCGAGCAAGCAGCGGAGCAGGAUGCACAAAAACGUUCUGACGCUGCCCAAGAGGCGUUCCUUGCUGAGCUGGACAAGCAGGGGCAGGUGGAAAAGAACCGGGAGAAAAAGAAGGGCAAGGAGCGUGCCAAGAGUGGGAAGGGUGGUGGUGGGGGAGGAGGCGCAGGGGGAGGAGUAACAGGAGGAGGAGGAGGGGAGAGUACUGGUAGGGUGGCAGGAGCAGAGGGAGGAGGAGAGGGCGAAGGAAGAGAGAUAGGGAGCAGUAGUCAGCUAAGGGACAGUGACAUGGAAGGAGUGAAUGAGGGCGAGGAGGAAGGGGAGGGGGGCAGAGGAGGACAAGUGGAGAAGAGGCAGGCAGUGGGAGAGAGAGACGGAGAAAAAGGAGAGAGAGAGAAGAGAGAGAAGAGGGAGAGGGAGAGGGUAAGGGAGAGGGAGAGGGUGCCACAGAGUGCGGCAGAGAGGGAGGAGGAGGCCCAGAGGCGGAGGGAGCAACAGGAGAUUCUGAGGCAGCAGCAGGAGAUGGAGGACGAGGAGAGGAAACUAGAAUGGGCUUUGUCUCUCCAGAGACAAGCAGAGGAAGCGGCGAAACGGCAGAGAAUGGCCGAAUUGGAACGGCUCAGGCUGAUGGGUGGUGGUGGGGAGGCUAAGUCAGGGGGAGGUGGAAGUGGUGGGGUGCAAGAGGUGAGGGUAGGGAUGGGGGGGGUGGAAGGGGGGAUGGUGAGAGGGAGGCAAGGGGAAUGGGAGGAUGGGAGUUGUGAGGGGUCGAGCUGGGAGAGGGCUAAUGGAGGUUCUGGGUUCGGGGUUUUGCAAGAGACGGCGGUGGUGCAGGGGGCGGAAGGGUUUGCUGCAGGUGCCGGUGCUAAGGAAGAGGUCGGUGUGAGGGUGGGAGGAGAGUCAGGUGAGUCAACCCAGAAGCAGAAGCGGAAGCAGGGAGGCCAGCAGGGAGGCCAGCAGGGAGGCCAGCAGGGAUGCCAGCAGGGGGGCCAGCAGCAGCAGGAGGGAAAGCAGCAUGGGCGGCAACAACAGCAGCAGCAGCAGGUGGGGGUGGGCGUUGUGACGCAAGCAGGGGAGGCAGGAGCUUUGGCAAACGGCAUUCCGGCGUCCGGGUUGGUCUCAGGUGAUCGGUCAGGUGGCAUAGUGCGCACUAUAGCGAGUUCGAGCCAACGUUUGGGGCACAAGGGCCGCGGGAGAGACGUUGCUGUGCCUCCAUCCCUGCAGCAGCAGAAAGUGGCGAAUCAGCAAAACGAGUUGCAGAUGUUCAGGGCAGGGCAGGGUCAAACUCAGGGUGCUGCUGCUGCCCCUCCUCCUGCGAAUGCUGGGCUGCUGGGAGCACCUCUCGCGCAGAGAGCUGGUUCAGGUGAAAAUUCAGGUGCUGCUGCAGGCAGCGGUGGUGCUGUGUCUGAUGGAGGGAGUGCAGGUGGGUCUGGCGAAGGGGGGGGGGUAGGCGGUGGCAAGAAUAGGUCGAGGCGAAAGAGGGGCGGCAAGGGCAAGGCAGGCGGAAUGGGUGGGCAGAUGGAGGGGGGAUUCCAGGGGGGAGGUGGUUUGCAGGCGGGAGGGGGUUUGCAGGCGGGAGGGGGUUCACAGGUAGGCGCACGUUUUCAAGCAGGAGAGGGUUCAGAAGGAAGCGGAGGGGCAGCUGAAGGUGGAGGUGCCACUGCUGCUGCUGCUGCACUGGGCGCGGGCAGUGCUUUUGAGGCGCCUCAAAAGUCUGCACUGGGCGCGGGCAGUGGCACAGACAAGGGCGUAGAAGGAAAUGUGAUGCAAGUGCAGCAGCAAUUACAGGGACAGGUGCAGCAGCAGCCGCAGCCACAGCAGCAUUCACAGAAGCAGCAGCAGCAGCAGCAGCAUCAACAGGUGCCCCAGCAGCAGCAGCAGUCGCAGGGUCCAGUGCAACAACAGCCGCAGCAGCAGCAGCAGCAGCAGCACCCAUCCCAGUUGCCACCGCUCCUGCCCUUAGUACCUGCUACCACUGUGGCUGCUGCUGCUGGGGUGGUGGGAGUAGCAGUUGCGGCUGGUGGUUUAGUGGGUGGGGAGGGAAGGGGUAUGCCGGGGGGUGGGGUGAUGGGUCACAGGGGGAGGAGAGACAGGGUCGGGCUGGGGCUUGGCCGGGGCAGAUGGGCGGAGGUAUGGGGCCAGGUAUGGGAGGAGGUAUGGGUGGUGGAGGGAUGGGUGGAAGCAUGGGAGGAAGCAUGGGAGGAGGCAUGGGUGGAGGUAUGGGUGGAGGUAUGGGAGGAGGCAGCAGCUGCUGCAACAGCAGCAGCAGCAGCAGCAGCAGCAGCAGCAGCAGCAGCAGCAGCAGCAGCAGCAGCAGCAGCAGCAGCAGCAGCAGCAGCAGCAGCAGCAGCAGCAGCAGCAGCAGCAGCAGCAGCAGCAGCAGCAGCAGCAGCAGCAGCAGCAGCAGCAGCAGCAGCAGCAGCAGCAGCAGCAGCAGCAGCAGCAGCAGCAGCAGCAGCAGCAGCAGCAGCAGCAGCAGCAGCAGGGCAGCAGGGGCAGCAGCAGCAGCAGCAGCAGCAGGGGCAGCAGCAGCAGCAGCAGCAGCAGCAGCAGCAGCAGCAGCAGCAGCAGCAGCAGCAGCAGCAGCAGCAGCAGGGGCAGACCAUCGCUGCAACCUCCCUGUCCGUUUCAGCUCCCCACAAACCCGGACUUGAUGGCUCGGCAGGAGCUUCGGUCGCCGGGCCUGCUGGUUUGGCGAGUCUGGUUCCAGGGCCGGUUGGGUACAUGGGGACGCAGGGAGGUGCCGGUGCUGCUGCUGCUGCUGCCACUGGUGGUGGUGCUGGCGACGGUGCUACUCCUUCCCAUGCUCAAUAUCCCCAUGCAGCCACUCUCUAUGCCCCUCCAGGCUUGCAUCCCUCCUUCCAAGGAGCACCAGUUGCAGGGGCAGUAGCAUCAACAGCAGGCGCAGCAGCAGGGCAGAUGGAACGUGCAGCAGCGGCGGCAGCGGGGGUGGGGGGAGAUCCGGCAGUGGUUAUGGCGUACCCUGCUGGGACUGCUCCUGGUGGGCUGGGUGCGUUGGGCAGGCAGGCAGGCGCAGCAGUGGCGGGGCAAGGAGGAGAAAGAGGGGAACGAGGGCAAGUAGGGCAAGCAGGGCAAGGAGGGGCGGUGGAGAUUGAGGAGGGGGGGGAGGAGUGGGAGGAGGAGGGUGGGAGGGAGCGGGUAGAGGGUAGUGAAAGGUUGAUGGGGGAAGGAAUGGAGGUUGGAAGAGACGGAGGAGAGAUGGGAGGAGAGGUGGGAGGGGAGAUGGGAGGGGAGGAGGGAGGAGCGGAGGGAGGAGCGGAGGGAGGAAUGGUGGGAACAGAGGUUGAAGGGAGGAGCGCCGCUGUGGAUAACGAGGAGGAGGAUGAGCAGUUUCAAGCGGACCUGCAACGAGCCAUGCAACAGAGCAUAGAGGAUCUGGAGCGUUCGUCUCACUCCCACUACUACCACUCGGCCGCCCGGCCGCCCCCCGAGCACCAAUCAGAAGCAGCCCUAAACCCCGCCAGCUCAGGAAGAAGCUCCGACAGCCUGGCAGCAGCGCCUGCCACGUCAGCAGACUGGGAUGCCAGCGUGGCGCUGACGCUACGAGAGGAGAGUGGGGAGUCGAGAGAGGGAGGAGGGGGAGGGGAGGGGGGAAUGGAGGUGGAAGUGAGGGGGGGCGGAGGGGGAGGAGGGGCGGUGGAGAUGGUGUGGGGUGGUGCAGCAGGGGAGGAGGGGCUGGUGGGGCUGAGGAAUGAGAUCGGCGAGUACAACUGCUUCCUCAAUGUCAUCAUUCAGUCCCUGUGGCACUUGCGCAGUGCCAUGUUUGCCGACUCUGAGUUCUUCCAACAGUCUCAGAUGAAUGAUGCUUCAGAGGUUCUCCCAGUCAUCUUCGACUGCCUCCACCGAGCCUUCGCCGAACCUGCCUCCGAACCUGCAGGUGGGGCAUCUGGUUCGGCAUCAGAAGGAGCUUCCAGUGUCAAAUCCACAGCUGUCAACUUUUCGACAGAUCAUUCUUUUAUUGACCCGGGCAGCAGUGCAGCCAAUCAGAAGCAGGCAGGAAGCUGGGACUGUCCAGCCUCAACAGCAGCUUGGGACCGAGCCUACCUCGCAGCUUCGGCAGACAGCUCAGGCCUGGGUGCUGGGCCUGUGCCUAACCAGACCACAGCUCCAGGGCAGAGACACGAUGUAGGCUCGGCAGCAGGCUCGGGGACAGCCUCGGGGAGUGGGGCAGCUGCUGUGUCUGCUUCUCCCCUCUCCUAUGGUGCUGUUGUUGCCAGAGGGAAGGGCGGAGCCAACACUACUGCAGCUUCUGCCGCUGCUGCGGCUGGGAAUGCUAGGAAACCCGGUGAGGGUUUAGGAUCAGGUGGUAGAUUAGGGGACAGUGUAGCAACAGGAGUAGGAGCAGGAGGAGCAGGAGGAGCAGGAGGGGAAGCAGGUGCAGGUGUGGGUGCAGCAGCAGAGGCGGCAGGGGAGGCGGCAGGGGCGGCGUGCAUAGCGCACGGGCUGUUUGGGCUGGAUGUGACUGAGAUGAUGCAGUGCUCUCGCUGCGGCCUGCAGUCCCGCCAGAUGCGCUACUCCUCCUUCUUCCACCACACCAACGCCACUGCUCUCAGAUUAUCCAAGCUGGGCAACCCUAAUUGUCGCAUGGACGAGCUGCUAGCGGGCAUGGAGCAGCAUCAUCUACUGCCAUGCGACAUGGAGGUGGGGGGAUGUGGGCACCCCAACGCCAUUCAGCACGUGCUGCGCCGCGCUCCACCCAUCUUCACCACUGUCCUGGGAUGGCAGAGCGACAGGGAGGAAGCAGAGGACAUAGGCCUCACACUGGCAGCGCUGGACGUGCACAUGGACGUGGGUGUGGUGUAUCGGGGCCUGCCGGGGCCGCAGAGGGUGCGCGUGGUGUGUGUGGUGUGCUACUACGGGCGGCAUUACCACUGCUUCUCGUUCCAUGCGGACCUGGGCAAGUGGGUCAUGUUCGACGAUACCACUGUCAAGGUGGUUGGGGGCUGGGCAGACGUGGUCAGCUCAUGCACCAGAGGCCGCCUGCAGCCGCAAGUGCUCUUCUAUGAGGCAUGCUAG